AAAACCUCAGUUUGCUUAUUUAUUUGUAAAUAGAGCCGCAGAGAAUACAUUUUUUUUUUAAGCAAAAAGAAAAAGCAGAGCUUUGAAUAUCUAACCAAAAAUGGCAGCAGAGGAAGGUCAAGUAAUCAGUUGCCACACCCUUGAUUCAUGGAAGGAGCAACUUCAAAAGGGAGGCCAAUCCAAAAAGCUGGUGGUGGUUGAUUUCACUGCUUCAUGGUGUGGACCCUGCCGUUUUAUUUCACCCUUUCUGGCUGAACUGGCCAAGAAGUUUCCUAAUGUUAUGUUUCUUAAGGUGGAUGUGGAUGAACUGAAGGAGGUUGCUGCUGAAUGGGAUGUGGAUGCUAUGCCAACUUUCUUGUUCCUGAAGGAAGGAAAGGCUGUUGAAAAAGUGGUUGGUGCAAAGAAAGAGGAGCUUCAGCAGGCUGUGACAAAACAUAUGGCUACUAGUAGUACUUCUGCUUGAUGGUGAUAAUUAUUAGUGCUACCUUAUCAUGUUUUUGAGGAACUUUUUAUCAUGUACCUCGUAUUUGAUUUGCUGGUACCUAGCUAAACAUCUCUAUGUUAAACCCUAAGUUUAUUCCUUUAUAUUGAGGUACUUUUAUUUCCUCAACUACUAUAUGAUACAUAAUCAUAUAAAGCUUGCUUGUUUUCA